AUGAAGGAGGGCAAUUGGCUAUUAAAAGCUUCAUUUAUUUUAUUUACUAUCUGUAAAUUAACGAAAGCUGUUUAUAAUGAUUCUGUAAUCGACCUUUGUAUGGGCAAAGAGGAUUGUAUUCAUAUGCUGCUUGGCAAUUCCAAGUAUGAAUCGUGUAAUACUAGUUUUACCUUUCCAUGUACUAAUGAAAAUGGUAAUAUCAUUGUGGGUAGUGGAGUUUAUAGUCCUUCUCAACUCCGUCCACGAGUUAAUGGUGCUUGGUGGGGUUUACUAAGCAGUACACUUGGUUCAGCUUCUGAUGCAGUUGAUAAAUGGAAAACUUUUGUAGAUGAUUGUGUUGAUACAGAGGGAGAAAGUGGAACCUAUAGUGGUGGUGCAUGCGCUCGCUCAGCCAUAUCUGCAAUUUUGAUGACAGCAGCGGUUGUUGUAGGUGUUGGUACACUUGUUGCCACUAUCUUGAAAAGAGAUACACAAGUUGGACGUGCUUUGUUAUAUGCGAGUGGACCAUUUAACUUAGUGGCAAACGAGCACACGCAAUUUUAUAAAAGGGAUGAUUCAUUAACUUAUAAAAAUAUGACAGUGGAGCUUAAUGGGACCCCAAUUUUCUCUAUUGAUGCCCAUAAAACAGAUAGUUCGGUCUCUCUCUUUUUGACACACUUUGGAGCAAAUACCAAACGUGAUUUGGAGAAAAGGGAUGAGGACAUUCAUGGUAUCUUUGAUGGCUAUUAUGGUCUAAAAUAUAAUGCAUGCCAUCCAGAUUAUCACAAACUUACGAGUAGAUAUGAUUGGGAUGCAAUGUGGAAUCGUGUUGAUCAAAAUGCUGGUAAUAUUAUGUCACACUAUUAUAGUGAUCUAGGUAUAGUUGACAUGAAUGACAAAGUACCAGGAAAUUGGCAGCAACUAGUUUCUACUGGUAAAUUAAUACUUGAACAAGAGCGCACUUUUGGUCAUAACUUUGAAGGAUGUGAUCCAGACGCUUUUAGUCAAUUGGCAAGAUUUAGCUGA